AUGGAGUUCAAGCUCUCUGCUCAGCUGCCUGGUCACGAGUCCGAUGUCCGCGCCGUCCUCUUCCCUAGUCCCGACGUCCUCAUCUCCGCCUCUCGCGACCACACCCUACGACUUUGGCGAAGGUCCUCCCAGAAACCACCAUCCUUCGAGGCCACCAUCGUUACCCAGGGCCAGGAAUGGCUGAGCACAAUCGCCUUCCUUCCUCCGACCUCGGACUAUGCCGAUGGCCUGGUCGUCUCCGGCGGCAAGGACACCAUCAUCGAGGUUAAGAAGCCGCUGUCCACCCCUUCCGAUAAUGCUGAGCGCCUGCUCAUAGGCCAUGCCCAUAACAUCUGCUCCCUGGACGUGUCACCCAAAGGCACCUAUAUCGUAUCAGGGAGUUGGGACCAAAAGGCCAUUGUCUGGCGCGUCGGAAAGUGGGAGCCCGAGCUGAUCCUGGCCGGUCAUGAGGCGAGCGUCUGGGGUGUCUUGGCUUUGGACGAGACCACUGUUGUGACGGGAUCCGCCGAUGAAAAGAUCAACAUAUAUGACCUGCGCACUGGCUCCCGUGGCGAGGUCCAGCCUCGAUCUACUAUAUACACCUCUAAUGUUGUACGAGCCGUUUGCAAGGUUCCUCAGGGCCACCCCUCUGGCGCUGAUAUUGCCAGCGCACACAACGACGGCGUGAUACGGCUGUGGAAGCUCAACGGACAAUCCGUCGGCGAGCUACACGGUCACGAGUCUUUCGUCUACAGUCUGACGGCACUGCCCAGUGGAGAGUUGGUCAGCUCGGGGGAGGACCGGACCAUCCGGGUGUGGCGGGGUCUUGAGUGUGUGCAAACAAUCACGGUACCAGCAAUAUCGGUCUGGUCAGUGGCUGUGAGCCAACAGACCGGUGACAUUGUCGCUGGCUCGAGUGAUGGUGUCGUGCGUGUGUUCACGCGGAACGGAGAGAAUGUCGCGGACGCUGAGACCCUCGCGAGCUUCGACGAUUCGGUCAAGGCCUCUUCAAUACCCGCACAGCAGCUGGGUGGCAUCAACAAGGAGAAGCUGCCAGGCCCCGAAUUCCUGACCUCCAAAUCCGGAACCAAAGAAGGUCAGAUCCAAAUGAUCAACCAGCCAAACGGCUCCAUCACUGCACAUCAGUGGUCCGGUGCUCAACAGCAAUGGAUCGAGGUCGGUACAGUUGUGGAUGCUGUCGGAAGCAGCGGGAAGAAGGUCGAGUACAUGGGGAAAUCCUACGACUAUGUCUUCGACGUGGCCAUCGAGGAUGGUGCUCCAGCGCUGAAGCUACCAUUCAACCUGUCCCAGAACCCAUACGAGGCUGCCUCAAAGUUCCUUAGCGAUAAUGAGCUCCCACAAACGUACCUCGACCAGGUCACAAACUUCAUUGUCGAAAAUACCAAAGGCGCAACAAUUGGCCAGAGCUCUGGCCCUUCUGUUGACGAAUUCGGCACGGGCAGAUACCAGCCUGGAGAUGAAUCCGCAUCUCAAACACCGCCGGCAAAGAAGGUUCUACCUCAAGAUAAAUAUCUGACCUUGGCUACAGCUAAGUUUGAGCCGGUGGUGAAGAAGAUACUCUCCAUUAGUGCCACGAUGAUUUCUUCCGGCAGGAAGGAUUUCGCGCUCAACCCAACAGAGGAAGCCACGCUAUCUAGACUGUCCGAGAAUUUGAGCAAGACAAUCCCAAGCGUGCCCGCAGCAGUUCCCGGCACGGCUACUGCUGCGACAUCUCAACCCCUGAGUAUUUCGGAGCACGAUAUCGGUCUCGUGCUCAAGCUCGUCAGCCAGUGGCCCGACAACGACCGACUCCCCGGUCUUGACCUCCUCCGCUGUGUGGCCACGUCGCCUCUUGCAGCAGCAUUUACCGACCCAAGUGGCAACUCCAUCAUCGAAAUCGCCCUUCGUGCCGCCUUCCAUCCCAGCAGCGGCUCCAACAUUAACGAGAACUGCGCCAUGAUGGCAUUUCGAGUUGUCACGAACCUUUUCGCCACCGAGCAGGGACGGCAAGUAGCCUAUACCCACGCUGAGAAGGUUGUAGACUACUUAGAAGCCCUGGUCGGCAUAUCCGACACGCCUUUUAAGGGCCCUGUGGGUUUCCCACGCAACCGCAACGUCCUGGUGGCAGUCACCACCGCGGCGCUAAACUACUCCGUCCUCGCCUACCUUGUGUCUCAGAAGAAAGUCAGGGUCGAUGGUAGUAUCACACCCGAGGUGUUCGGCCUGCUGGCCAACGUGCUGGCGAAGAUACUUAAGGACCAGGCAGACGCCGAGGUCAGCUACCGCGCCCUGGCAGCCCUUGGCACCAUCGCUAGCGCUGGGCAUGCCCAGGUGCUGCGAUCGCUGGGUGUGGACUCGGCUGUCCAGGCGGUGGCGAGGGGAGGUGCUGAGGAAAGGGUAACGACCCUCGCGAAGGAGGUGCUUGGACUCCUUUAA